CGGCGUCCUCAGCUACCUCAACGUGUCCGCCCUGGCGCCAGAGCACGGCGGCCGCUACGCCUGCUCCGCCACCAACGCCGUCGGCUCCGUCACGCACCAGGCGUACCUGCAUGUGAUUGGCCCACCGUAUAUCAAACCAAUGCAGGACGAGAGAGUGGUUGCCGGAACGACUGUCACCUUCAACUGCUAUGUCACGGGGUACCCCAUCAGCAGCAUUUACUGGGAGAAAGAUGGAAGACCUCUUAUUGAUACUCACCGCCAAACGGUGUUUUCAAAUGGAACGCUUCUGAUCAGAGACAUCCGUAAAGUGGACGACGAGGGCGGGUACGUCUGCGUGGCCAGCAACCCAGAUGGAGACACCGCCAGAAGGAAGAUGAAUGUUCAAGUUAUGGAGGCGCCGGAGAUAGAUCCCAUAUUGGUCAAGUCUAACCUUCAGCGAGGAAUGAGAAUCCAUCUGACAUGUAUUAUCAGUAAAGGAGAUUUCCCAGUGUCCAUUCGUUGGCUAAAAGAUGGCAAGGCAAUUCCUCAUGGGCAAGGAAUCACAGAAAAGACAAUAGACGAUUACUCGAGUACACUGAGCUUCAACGGCCUCGCUGUGAAUCAUUCUGGAAAUUAUACUUGUCAGGCGUCGAAUGCGGCAGCCAUCACGAACUACACGGUACCGAUAAUAGUAAAUGUACCUCCGUCGUGGCAAACAGAGCCCAACGACACAGAGGUAGUGCUUGGUAGCAGUCUUAUGGUGGACUGUGCAGCUGAUGGUUCUCCCAUGCCACGCAUUCAGUGGAAAAAGGAAUCACCAAUUCCUGUGUCUCCGUUCCAAGAUAUACACAGAACAGAAAAUUUCAAAGUUCUUGAGAAUGGCAGUCUGUGGAUACAAGACGUGCUUCUAGAAGAUAAAGGCUAUUACGUCUGCGAAGCCAAUAGCGGUAUCGGAGUUACUCUCAAUAAGGGAAUCUACAUCACCGUACAUGUCCCAGCAAGGUUUUCCACAGCAUUUCACAAUGUUACUGCGAGAAAAGGCAGCACUGCAAUACUGGACUGCGUAGCUGACGGAGAUAAACCAUUAGAAAUAAAAUGGCACCAUGCAAACCGCUUGCUUAGACCAGAUCACGUAAAAAUGGACGUGAAAGAAGAAAAGCUGGAUUUUGGACUUCGCUCAAAACUGACGAUAAAGCAUGUUCAUCGAGACGAUUCGGCUUUAUUCGGAUGCUUAGCCAGCAAUAAAUAUGGCAGUGACCGCAUGGAAUUCCAUCUGAUUGUUCAAGAAAACCCAGAACCACCAUUUAACGUUCGUUUGAUUAAUUUUUCGAGCAGAACAGCCAAUAUUAGCUGGGAGAUGCCUUAUGAUGGAAACAGCCCGAUACACACUUUCAUUAUACAGAUCAAAAAUGUUUCAGGUUCUUGGGAGAAUAGUCGACGUGCUGCAGUGAGCGGCACUCAGAAGAAAGCUUCCGUCAUUGAGCUUCAUCCUGCUCAUAGCUACCAGCUGCGGGUACUUGCAGAAAAUUCUGUUGGUGUAUCUAACGCAAGUGACGUCGUGUCUGUUACGACAACAGAAGAAGUACCCGGUGGGCCACCUCGUGAUAUACAAAUCAAAGUGAGAAAUUCGGAGGCCCUGCUUAUCACUUGGAAGCCGCCAGAAAUUCAUCUACAACAUGGUGAAAUCACGGGGUACCAUGUCGGUUAUCGAGUGAGAAAUUCAACAGAUCCUUUCCAUUUUAAGACCUACGAAGUAAUUCCAGGUACAGAUCUGCAAAUAACCUUGUCAAAUUUGCGCAAGUUCACUGAAUACAAUAUCGUCGUGCAAGCUUAUAACAGGGCUGGCGCAGGACCUCGGAGUGAGGAAUACAUUGCUUCAACUGACGAGGACGUUCCUGGAGCUCCUCCAACUGAUGUACAGUGCACUGCUUUAUCAGCGUAUAGCAUUCUGGUUCUGUGGUCACCACCUCCGGCCAAAGAAAUAAAUGGCAUCCUAGUGGGCUACAGAGUUGUAUACCAUGCACUUUCCAACUGGGAUGAUAUGAUUACCAUGGAUGAACAUACAACAAUAGAGAACAAGUUAGAACUUUUGGAUCUCGUUCCUUUCUGUAAUUAUAGCAUAGAAGUGAAAGCCUUCACACGAAAGGGGGAUGGAGUGCCUAGUCGACCUAUCUUCUGCCGAACACAGGAAGAUGUUCCAGGAGAACCCGAAGACAUUAAGGCGCUGGUUAUGGAUUCAAGAACAAUACUAUUGUCCUGGAGAGCUCCUAAAUAUCCGAACGGAAGAAUUAAGAAAUACAAAGUAUACAUGCGGUCCAUAGAUGGGGUUGGAUUGGACAGGGACCAGUACGAUUUGCCUUCAGAGCAGACCUACUACAGUAUAUCGCAUUUGGAAACUCACCACAGAUACGAAUUUUGGGUAACUGCCUUCACUAUCGUCGGAGAGGGCAAUCCAUCGAGACGAGUAGUACAGGCACCAACCAACCACGUUCCAGCCAGAAUUGCUUCAUUCAGUGAAUCGAUGACGGUGGCAUGGAAGGAAGAGCUUAGACUGCCAUGCUUAACAGUGGGACAACCCGCUCCAAUUUUACACUGGACUAAAAAUGGAAAAACUGUCCAAGGAAACAGACAUGUACAGAUCAAUUCUGAAGGCACAGUUUAUAUCAGCUCCGUGCAGAACACCGAUGCAGGAAACUAUUCUUGUUCAGCAGAAAACGUUUUCGGGAAGGAAGAAAUUGUAUAUUCCGUAUCUGUCCAAGAGAGCAGAAGCAAAGGCAUUCCAUCUGCUCCAACAGACUUUCAAGCAUCUUCUCACUCUACAUCCACCAUCAGCCUGACAUGGCUGCCACCUCCAUCAAGAGGGAGUACUGUAAAAGGUUAUUAUCUACAUUUCAAAAGAGAAUUUGGUGAGUGGGAGAAGAUAAAGAUCCCUGCUCAUGAAUCACAUUUCACUUUAAAAAAUCUCCAGUGUGGUACAAGACAUCAGUUCUAUCUUCAAGCAUUUAAUCAGCUAGGUCAGAGUUCUCCAACCCCUACAAUAUCACAGCGGACUCAAGGUUCUGCUCCAGUAGCACCUAACAUUUUUGACCUCAUACAUGUCAAUUCAACCUCAAUUUCUCUAAAUGUUUCAUCAUGGGGUGAUGGUGGCUGCCCCAUUACAUCAUUUGUUGUGGAAUAUAAAUUGAAACAUGGAGUGGACUGGACAUUGGUGUCAAAUAAUGUCAAGUUUGACCAAACAGAAUUUUUGGUGCUUGACUUGAAUCCAGAGACAUGGUAUACACUUCGAAUGACUGCACAUAAUAGUGCUGGUUCAACUAUCUACAAAUAUGAUUUUGUAACUCUUACUCAUUCAGGAGCUAUUGUUGCUCCAGAGCUAAUUGUUCACUCUGGUUAUGGGCAAGGUAGUUUACUGAAUGAUUUAGGAAUAAUAAUACCAACAGUGGCUGCCUUAGUAAUCAUAGUUGUUUCCGGUGCUGGAUUUUUCUUGUACAUGAGGAAAAAACAGGAAAUGUUUCAAGCGAAUAAAUAUGGAGAGAAACCAUCAGAGAUAGGACUUGUACCUGAUGUUGGGAAGGUUGGAGGAUGUGAAUCUGAUACAACUGCGGGAGGCAGUAAUGGCUGUAGUGGAAUGAUGAGCUCAAGCCCACAUGAAUCAGUCUGCUUGCCCACACCAAUGCGUGUGUCAUUGGGACGCAGGCAAGAUAUUAGUCCAUAUGCAACUUUCCAGGUCCCCAAUUCCAUGGGGAGUGAAGGUGCAGUGGAAGGUGUCCCACUCACUAUGGACCAUUGCUCUCAGGGUCAGCCUCUGGAAGGAGUCAAUGUUGACAUAUACAAGGAAUCCAAGUUGACUUGGUGAACACGUCUCUUUCUGAAUAAUUAUGAGGAGAGGGUAAAAGGAAGAUAUCUUAUAUAUUUUACCUCAAGUUUAAGAAGAAGGGGACCAGAUAGUUUGUACAGAUUGUCGAAGAAUAUGAUUCCUUUUUUCCCACUGUUUUGGAUUUAACUAUCUUCUCAGGUCAACAUCACCAUUUUUAUGAAAUGUUGUUCCCACUUUCCACUAAUCUGUUUUAGUGAAUAUACUGGGAAUUUUUUUAUUCUGGCACUCUUGUUCAUAGGUUGUUUCAGAGCGGCAUCAUUUGUUAAUUCCAUUCUCCACUCUCAUGACUUAUCUUCAUUCCAGCACCUUUCACUAACAGACAGCCUUUUUUUUACUUCUGAUAGACUAUAAAUAAAAGACAAGUUCAUAGAAAACAGUUAUUUUAUUACCAAAAGUUUUGUACACUUAUAGUUACUUUUCAACAUAAUCAUCAAAAAGAUUGAGACAUUUAUCGUAGCUGUGGACAAGAUUUGCAAUACCCUCUUCAAAAGAUGUUGCCGCCAAUGAUUUCAAAUGAGCAUUGAUGUUGUUUUGAAGAUCUUCAUUGAUUUGAAAGUGCUGCCCUCCUAGCCCCAUCUUCAGUUCAUGAAAAAAGUGAAAGUCACUGGGUGCCAGGGUUCCUGAAGUCAGCAAUCCUCUUCAUUUGUUUUGAAUGGCUCUCUGCAAACAUUGUAAACUUUCACAAUAAGCAGCUUCAUUGAUAGUGGUUCCAGGCUGCAUAAACUCUAAAAGCAACACCCCUUUUUGGUCCGAAAACUCCUUCAACAAGAUCGGCUAUAAUGACAGACUUGUGUCCUUGGCCCCAUUCAUCACGCACAUCAUUUUGGCCAUCUUUAAACUUUCGGCACCAUUCAUGCACAACACCAUCAGUCAUGAAGUUAUCACCAUACAUUUGGCUCAUUCUCCGAUGAAUUUCUGCUGCACUAUUCCCUUCUGCUUGCACUCGGUGGGAGCAACAAUGGCGGCAGCCAUGUUUACAUGGCUGUAGUGCAAUGCAGACUGAUGCCUUGAGGUCGGCAAUGGCAGAGUGUGUAGUGCAAGAGUUGCGCAGUAGCCUACAGUGCAUGUCCACUUUCUGCCAUUUGCAUAGCUUCUAUACUAAGUGAUCGGAGGUUGGAAAAAAAAAAUGUCCUUGUGUAUCAUAUAUCAUAUACUUCACUCAUAUCCA